GCUUUUGCAUUUUGGGAUCCGGAUUAUAUUGGCUGGCGUCUGAUGCUUGGUUUUGCUGUAGUACCAUCCGUUAUACAACUUAUUGGCUUUAUUUUUUUGCCCGAGAGUCCGCGGUACUUGUAUUCCGUUGGGAAACAUAAAGAUGCAAAAGAGGUUCUAAAACGAAUUUAUGCUGGCAAUGAAGUGUGGGCGCAGUUUACUUAUACGCAAAUUGAUGUGGCUCACGAGCAAGAACAGUACUCCAAGGCCCAAACUGGAAGUAUGCAAAUUCAAGAUGAAAAUGUAUUGAAAAUUCAUCGAAAAGGAUAA